AUGGACAUUCUAUCUUUCAUGAUUAUUAUUGUACACAUACUUCUUCCUACUUUCAAAUUUUCCAUAGCAAUUAAAUCAAUCAAUGUGUCACAGUCUAUCACUGAUGGCCAGACCUUAGUGUCCAAUGGUGGAGUCUUUGAGCUUGGUUUCUUCAGCCCAGGUAAUUCUACUAAACGUUAUCUUGGGAUUUGGUAUAAAAGCAUUCCUAUUCGAAAUGUUGUUUGGGUUGCAAACAGGGAAAAUCCAAUCAAUGAUUUCUCAGGCAAAUUAAAAGUGAACAGCACAGGAAAUCUUGCGUUGAGCCAAAACGGCUCUGUCGUUUGGUACACAACCUCUCAAAAACAAGCACAGAAUCCAGUGGUAGAGCUCUUGGAUAAUGGAAAUCUUGUGAUAAGAAAUGAAGGAGGACCAAACCAAGAACAGUACAUUUUGUGGCAAAGCUUUGAUUAUCCAUCUGAUACACUCUUGCCAGGGAUGAAGUUGGGAUGGGAUCUUCGAACCAGUUUUGAACGGAGACUAACAUCUUGGAAGAGUUCAAAUGAUCCAUCAUUAGGAAACUUAUCUUGGGUUCUAAAGCUCUAUAAUUAUCCUGAGUUUUAUAUUAUGAAAGGGAAAUUGAAGUACAUUCGCAUUGGACCGUGGAAUGGACUUCAUUUUAGUGGCUUAUCUGAUAGAAAACCAAAUCCAUUAUAUGAUUUCAAGUAUGUAGCAAAUAAUGAUGACAACUAUGAAUCCAAUAAGGAUGAGAUGUUCUAUUCAUUUUUCUUGAAGAAUUCUUCUUUCAUUGGUAGUGUCAAAAUAUCGCCAACCAAUCUUUCUAUCUAUGUAUGGAUGGAGGAUAAGCAGUCAUUGAUGCCUUAUGAAACAAUCCCACGUUACUUCUGUGAUGUGUAUGGCACCUGUGGAGCCAAUGGAAUAUGUACGAUUACAUAUUCUCCAGUAUGCGUAUGUUUGGAAGGGUUUGUUCCAAAGUCACCAGAAGAAUGGGGCAUAAUGGACUGGAGUAGAGGAUGCAUCCGCAGUAAAUCAUUAAGCUGCGACAACUAUGAUUUGCAUGAAUUUGUCAAAUUUGUAGGUUUGGUAGUACCAGAUACAUCACAAACUUGGAUGGAUGAGAAUAUUGAUUUAGCGGAAUGCAGACUCAAGUGCUUGAGCAAUUGCUCUUGUACAGCAUACGCUAAUUCAGACAUAAGAGGAAAAGGUAGUGGCUGUGUCAUAUGGUUUGGUGAUCUAGUUGACAUGAAACAGUUUCAAACAGGUGGGCAAGAUCUAUAUGUUAGGAUGCCUGCAUCUGAGUUAGAGCCUCUGCCUCAACAUGGGCAUCACCAAAGAAUGAAAAGAAUAAUUGCCAUCACCUUUGCUGCAAUUUGUGGGGCGCUUUUACUUUGCAUUUAUGUCAUAUACAGAGUUCGGAGGAACAUUACUGACAAGUCAAAGACAACAAUAGAUAACAUUGACAGACAACUAGAGGAUCUGGAUCUGCCGCUGUUUGAUCUGCUAACAAUCACAAUUGCCACUAAUAGUUUCUCUCUAAAUAAUAAGAUUGGACAAGGUGGUUUUGGACCUGUAUACAAGGGAAAAUUACCGGAUGGACAAGAAAUUGCUGUCAAGAGGCUUUCAAGAACCUCCGGACAAGGAAUGCCCGAAUUCAUCACAGAAGUAAAACUGAUUGCGAAACUUCAACACCGAAAUCUUGUCAAACUUCUUGGUUGUUGCAUUCGAGGACAGGAAAAAUUACUAGUAUAUGAAUACAUGGUUAAUGGAAGCCUAGACUCUUUCAUUUUUGAUAAAAUAAAAGGUAAACUACUAGAUUGGCCUCAGCGCUUCCACAUUAUAUUUGGAGUUGCUAGAGGACUUUUGUAUCUUCAUCAAGAUUCACGAUUAAGGAUUAUUCAUAGAGAUCUCAAAGCGAGUAAUGUUUUACUUGAUGAUCAGUUAAAUCCAAAAAUAUCAGAUUUUGGAAUGGCUAGAGCUUUUGGAGGAGACCAAACUGAAGGAAACACAAACAGAGUAGUUGGGACAUAUGGAUACAUGGCCCCAGAGUAUGCUGUUGAUGGGCUAUUUUCAAUCAAAUCUGAUGUUUUCAGUUUUGGUAUUUUAUUGUUGGAGAUUAUAUGUGGGAACAAAAAUAGAGCUCUUUGUCAUGGAAAUGAGACUCUUAACCUUGUUGGUUAUGCAUGGACGCUUUGGAAAGAGGGAAAUGCCUUACAAUUGAUUGACCAAAGCAUGAAGGACUCCUGUGUUAUCUCUGAAGUGCUCCAAUGCAUACAUGUUAGUCUCUUAUGCGUGCAACAAUAUCCAGAGGAUAGGCCUACCAUGACCUCAGUAGUUCAAAUGUUAGGCAGUGAGAAGGAAUUGGUUGAGCCUAAAGAGCCUGGUUUCUUUCCAAGGAGGACUUCUGGUGAAGAAAAUUUAAGCUCAAAUGAAAAAGAAAUGACUUCAAAUGAUGAAUUAACCAUUACAUCUUUAAAUGGUCGGUGAAAAUUCAUUGUAAGCAUGGAUCUAAGACAGAAGUUAUAAUUAAUAGUGUUG